AUGAGAUAUCCUAACCGAAAUAACACAGAGCAACUGUUCAUCUUCUACGAGAGAGAACCCCCAAUUCGGUACCCGGCUGAUGCACAGUAAGUUCCUGUUCGACAUUUAUUUAUACUUAUGUCGGCGCGAUAUGCACUAGGCGGACCCAACAGUCUUGGUAUUGUUUGACCGUGCGAGCUCUCGCAAAAAUCUUACCCACGACUAGGCUUCACGAUGUACACCGACCAUGCUAUUUUCAAGUACGCCUAUACAAAAUAUUUUUUCAGACUUCCGUUAGACUACUUCAAUGCAACUGCAACCUUUCACAGUACAUCUGACAUACCUGUCUUUUAUGGACGAUACUUGGAAGACCCAAAGAAUAUGACAGUAAGCACAAAAUCGCAUUUCAGCCUUCUUCUUCAGAAAACCGAUUACCGUAAUAAACUGCUGCGAGCCGCCAAGAAGAAACAGAGGGGAGCAUUCUUCGUCCACUCACAUUGCCAAACACAAAGUCGACGGCAAGACAUCAUGUCGAUCCUCCGAAAGUAG